AUGAAUCUCAACUCUGCCGACCUGCCCAAAAUUUUCCUGCCUCCAGUCAAUCGGUCCAUGCAGACGCUGGACAAGGCAUUCUUUCGGAAAGUCGUGCCUCUGGCGGCUGCCACCAUCUCAGACGUCAGACAGAUCACGGCGGUCCGAAAGGAGCUCGAGAAGUCCCAAGACUUGCUCCGCAUCAGUCCGAUCAAACCGUUACGGGACGAUGACUCGGUCCCAGGGGCAAAGUGCCUCUUGCUCAGGCCGGAGAUUGAUGCGAAAGAGCCGAAAACUUGGUCACAGACCGUGUCGAGAUUAGUCGAAGACAAACUGGCCAGCUUACGGCCCUACGAUCUGACCCUCACAUACGACGACUGGACUAUGCAUAAUAUUCUUGAGGCAAUCCUGCCCGAGAUCCCCGACGACGAAAAAGAAACUCCUGCAGGGUUUGCCCAGGUAGGCCAUGUUGCUCACGUCAACCUGCGUGAAGCAUAUCUGCCUUACAAGUAUAUCAUCGGGCAAAUUUUGGUCGACAAAAAUCCCAAUAUUACUACCGUCAUCAACAAGACGUUCGACGUUGGUACCGAAUCCGUCUUUCGAACAUUUCCGUACGAAGUCAUCGCUGGUCCAGACGACCUCGAUGUCACGGUCCACGAAUCUGGUUGCGAAUUCAAGUUCAACUUCGGCAAGGUUUACUGGAACUCCCGCUUGGGCACUGAGCAUGCCCGGGUUUUUGAGCAGUUCCAGCAAGGCGAGGCUGUCUGUGACGUUAUGGCGGGCGUUGGUCCUUUCGCUGUGCCCGCUGGGAAACGCAAGGUGUUUGUCAGAGCCAACGACCUCAACCCUGACUCGUACCGAAGCCUUGAGGACGCCAUCAAGUCCAACAAGGUCGGCGAUUUCGUCUCGGCCUCCUGUGAGGACGGUCGCGAAUUUAUUCGCAACGCCACCAGAGACUUACGCCACGCCCCACGAGAAGCCCGAUUGCCGUCGAAGGUGAAGAUAUCGCGGAAACUGACCAAAGAGGAGACAGAAGCGCUGCGUAAGGAGGCCGAGGCAGCGGCACAAGUCCUGACAGAACCGAAUGUGUUUUCUCACUAUGUGAUGAAUCUGCCGGCCAGUGCCAUCGAAUUCCUCGAUGCCUUCCAAGGCCUUUAUCACGGCCGAGAAACCGAAUUCAAACCUCACACGUCAAAAGCUUUGCCGCUGAUCCACCUGUACUUGUUUCAAGCCAAACUUGCCACCGAAGAAGAGGAAAUCCAUGAGAUCUGUGAACGAAUAUCGAAGCAUAUCGGUGCCGCGGUCAAGCUGGAUGAUUUGGAGCUGGAUAUGCAGGUUCGAUUUGUCCGACUGGUCGCGCCAAAGAAGAAGAUGUUCUGUGCCAGUUUUCGGAUGCCGGCGAGCGUUGCGUUCGCGCAGCCUUAA